AAAAAUGUAUGUUUUGAUGUUUCAAAAAGUUUAAUCAUCAGUAAGAAAUAAUGUAAACAACAAAGUAAAUUACUGUAACAGUUAAGUUCAAGUAUUCCUGUAUGAAGAGGACAAAACGUUUUAGUAAUACAUCAUGUUUAAAAGCCUGCUUGAGCUGCAUCGUAGGUUACCUCCCCUACCUCAGGUCCAGCUGUCACAACCUGUCAAACUCACGGCUUUCACUGUGUCGCUCGGUUUUGCUCUGAUUGGGAUUCUUGCUGUGUUUUUUCGUCGAAGGAAAGGACGCCCUGUGAAAAGACCGCCAAAACCUGCUGGUAAACAGAAGACUAGUUCAGUCAACUACCAGCGACUGACAAAGGUUUCAAGUCCUAAUGGAGACGUUAGACCACGCAGUCACUGCAGUGAUAUUAGUGACAUCCGCAAUCUGAUACAACAGCGAUCACUGUCAUCUUCCCUGACCAGCCUGGGGGCAGCAUCAAGUUCCACUGUGACACACCCUCUUGUUGAUACCUCCAAGAUGACUCCAGUUCAGCUGUGUGAUCAAGGUAUGGAGAGUCUGGCCCAUGCGGUAUCCUACUGGGAGGAAGGGAUUAUGAAGCUCACAUACCUCAAUGAUGAGAAUGAUCAGCCGUACCUAGCAAUACCAGAUACUGACACAGCUGCCUUACAGCACCGCCUUGAACACCUGCUGGACCUUGCGUACCGCAUGCAAGACAACUACGAGAGAGAGUACGAGAAAUAUGGCGACCAGGUGGCGCUCGAGUCCGCGCUCUCGGCAUUUGCCGAAAUGGAUCGACUUCUCGAACGAAGGAGUCUGGACGACUCAUCUAGUGACCAUGAGUCAUACGUGUCUGCUGCAGACUUGGCCCACCUAGCAGACCUGGAGAGUCAGAAGGAGAUGUUGAAGUAUUUUCCCCUGUAUGAGGCUGGCUUGAUGGAGCUCAAGCACAGUAAUGUGCCCUUCCGGUUUCUCAGAACUGAAAUGGCUGAAUGUCUUUCUGAUACAGAGUUUUUAGCCAAGUUAUUUGGAGUGCGUUUAGCAUUUGAUACUUUACUUCAGAGUACAGAAAAGCGGAACUGGUUUUCAUCCAUGGGUAGAAAAUUACUUUCCGAUAUGCUGAUCCAAGCCGACAAGGAUCCUGAAGACUUUUAUGUGGCGUAUGACAAGUGUAUUGAUUUUGUGGCCGAUGCCGACAACUGGGUCAAAAUAGAGGAAGAGCUGAAAGGGAGAGGGGUAAAAGUAAUGUCUUUUUAUGACAUUGUUUUGGAUUUCAUCAUGAUGGAUGCGUUUGAUGAUUUAGAGAAUCCCCCGCGGUCAGUGACCGCCGUGGUACAGAACAGGUGGCUGUCCAAUGGCUUUAAAGAAACGGCAUUGGCAACAGCUGUUUGGUCAGUAAUUAAGGCAAAGAGGAGAAUGUUGAAGUAUUCCGAUGGGUUCAUUUCUCACUUCUACGGUAUCACAGAACACAUCACACCAGUUUUGGCCUGGGGAUUCUUGGGACCAGAUUCCGAUGUCAAACAGCUGUGCCACUUUUUCAGAGGUUUGAUAGUGGGAUUUAUUAGUGAUAUCUUCAGUUUCGAAUGUUCGAGAUACACGACUGUUGAAGCUCUUGCAGAAGACAUUUUGAAGAAUGCCAAAGUUAAGAGCAAAAUUGCGUCCCAGAGACUUUCUCCAUCUUUAUUAUAGUGUGAAAUUGUGUUGUGGUUUUUUUCAUGUGAUACCAAUACCUCAUGAGUUGUGUCAUGAUGGCACAGUGGUUUUCCUUUGAUGCACAGACAAUGUGGAGUAUUGACAGUCAAGAAAAAAAAGAAGAUUUUAUGCACAUAAUCAAAUUGCAUUUUAAAUCAAGAUUUAACAAUUUAAGAAGAAAAUAUUUGGAACUAGAAAAUGAGCCUGGAUAGAAUUGCUUAACAGAAACAGAUUUUCAGUCUUGUGAAAAGAUAAAAAAAGUUUUUUUUUUUAAAUCAGUUAAUGGAACAGAUGCAGAAAUGAACUGGAAUUGAAUGUUACCCCAGCUUUCUUGUUAUUCUCAUUGUAAAUCAUUUUGUUAAUUUAUUCUUAAUGAAUUUCAUUAUAGUUAAUAUAUACUCACAUUUCAUACAGUAUAAUACUAAUAUUAUGCUUAGGGAUCUUUUUUCAGUUUCCAGCUCAACACACUUGUUUUUAUUUCACACACAACAUGUUUAUCGAGAUAUUACUUGUAUAAUAUACCAAUGUGAAACUAUUCAGUUUCAUUUAAGUUAUCACUUUACCAUCCAACUUUAUGUUAGACAAGGACCCUUACUUUAAAAAAAACCUAACUCCAGACUGUCCCUUACUUAUAAGACUAAGUCCAGACUUAACACUAGUCAAGUCUUCCUACUACUGCUAUUGAAAAACGCAAUAAACUCCAGACUGUCCCUUACUUAUAAGACUAAGUCCAGACUUAACACUAGUCAAGUCUUCCUACUACUGCUAUUGAAAAACGCAAUAAAAUCCAGACUGUCCCUUACUUAUAAGACUAAGUCCAGACUUAACACUAGUCAAGUCUUCCUACUACUGCUAUUGAAAAACGCAAUAAACUCCAGACUGCCCCUUACUUAAAAGACUAAGUCCAGACUUAACACUAGUCAAGUCUUCCUACUACUGCUAUUGAAAAACGCAAUAAAAUCCAGACUGUCCCUUACUUAUAAGACUAAGUCCAGACUUAACACUAGUCAAGUCUUCCUACUACUGCUAUUGAAAAACGCAAUAAACUCCAGACUGUCCCUUACUUAUAAGACUAAGUCCAGACUUAACACUAGUCAAGUCUUCCUACUACUGCUAUUGAAAAACGCAAUAAAAUCCAGACUGUCCCUUACUUAUAAGACUAAGUCCAGACUUAACACUAGUCAAGUCUUCCUAUUACUGCUAUUGAAAAACGCAAUAAACUCCAGACUGCCCCUUACUUAUAAGACUAAGUCCAGACUUAACACUAGUCAAGUCUUCCUACUACUGCUAUUGAAAAACGCAAUAAAAUCCAGACUGUCCCUUACUUAUAAGACUAAGUCCAGACUUAACACUAGUCAAGUCUUCCUACUACUACUACAACUACCAUUACUACUACUAUUACUACUACUACUACUACUACACAAUUUAAAUCUGUUGAAAUAAUUGAUAUGGACACCAUUUUUUCAAUAUACUCCAUCCUGACCUCUGACCUUGUGCAUUUCCCCCCUUUUCCAACUUACACCCCGAACAUUCAAAGCCGAAAUCUGUUGAAAUAAUUGAUAUGGACACCCUUUGUUUGUCACUUAGAUUUGAUGAGGUGUAUGCACGUAGCUGCCUGUAGAUGUAGGCCUGUGAUUCAAACUUCCGUUUUUACACCACGUGUCAAAAUAAACAUGUAUUGGAUACCAAAUAGCUAUAGUUUAAAGAGUGUUGAGACUUUGUUAAACUAGAAGUUUUAUGUCUUUAGUUGUUGAUAAUUGUGACCAGUAGUGCUUGAUGUGUGUUCCUCUGUGUUUGAGUGAUGUCUCAGUGCACUACUCACAAGUAAAUAAGAGUAUUUUUUAUAUAUUAUAUUGACAUAUUUUACUUGUAAAUAUUAUGUUAUUUAACAGUAAUGUAAAAUGUUUAACAUGUAAAUGAUUUCAUGUUUGAUGUACACGUGAUGAUUAAAUACACAUGUAUGUACAUUUUGUUAAUGGUAUAAAAUUGUUUCAUCCUUUCAUCUAUAGUGUUAACAAUCAAACAGACUACUUUAUGUCACAAAACCUAGAUAAUCAACUAAGCCUAAACAAAAUAAUGUUUUCAGAAACCCUACCCUACAUGAAAAAAAAUCUAGAGCCGGCCUUAAAGGCAUACUUUCACACAUUUAAGGACCAUAUUUCUCUGAAAAUGAAUAAAAAAAAUCAAAAUUACAUUAACUUUUACAGACCAAAUCUAGCUAUUGCAUCACUUUUAACUGCACCAUGAUGGAGUGAAAUCCAUGUCAACCCUCUCAGCAAUGUUUU